GUCGCGUUCAUCAGUCGUACACUCGUCGUCAUCGCGCUCGUGUGUCACCCAUCCCGAUCGUUCCAGGUGGCUCCCCGCGAUGCGUCUCUUCUACUUAAUCGCUCUUCUAGGUUUACAAACAUCGGAAGCAUCUGAAUGGGGAUAUACGGGCAAAAAUGGACCGGAAAACUGGCCAGGAAUAUGUACGACAGGAAAGAAACAAUCGCCAAUCGAUAUCGUGACAGAAGAUGCCAUAAGGGUUGAUCUUGGUGCUUUAAAGUUUAAUCGAUACGACUUUGCAUUUCAUGGCAUAUUAAUUAACAAUGGACAUUCUGUGGAAAUUCAAUUGGAAGGCGUGCCGAUUGUCCUCAGCGGCGGAAAUUUGUCAUCGACAUAUGUUCUGAAGCAAAUGCAUUUUCACUGGAGCGCUGAGCAUACCGUGGAUGGUGUACGGCAUCCAUUGGAGCUGCAUUUAGUGCAUUAUGACAAGAAAUACGGAAAUUUCAGUGUAGCAGCGCAAAAUGAAAACGGACUUGCCGUGGUCGCAGUCCUGUUUGAGUUGAGUAAAAAUGAUAAUAAAGAUCUGAUGCCGAUCUUGGAGGCAACGAAAAUGGUGUCGCGUAGGAUGGGGAGGAGCAUAGCACCAAUAAGAAACAAAAUAAUACCUUUACUGUUUCUACCAAAGGAUCAUACGACAUAUUACAAUUACCAAGGAUCCUUAACCACGCCGGGAUGCGCUGAGUCCGUGAUAUGGUUUGUGAUGACUGAGAAACUCUUCGUGUCGGAAGCGCAGGUAAAUGUAUUCAAACGCGUGAGGAACGGCAACGAAACGCUGACGUUUAAUUAUAGGCCUGUUCAGGACCUCGGCCUUCGAAAAGUAUAUCAUCGUCUGGAAGGAUACAGCAGCUCGUCGUCGGUCACUUCGAAAACGAUCGGCACUCUUCUUAGUGUUUUUUCCGUUAGUCUUUUACACGAGAACUUUUAAUUUUGAAGGAUUAAGCGCCCAGCUAAACUUUGUGUUACAAUAUGUAACGCAAUGUGGCUACGUGAUAUUAUUUGUUGCAUUGUUUCGAGAAACAAACGUGUAUUUAUUGCGAUAAAUUCCGAACGAAUUUAACCGCAUUAUUUAUAAAAUAAUGUUUUACAUUAACAUUGGGAACUUUGGAACUAUUAUUAACAUUAAUAUAUAAGAAAAUAAAGCUUGUUGAAGUUUA